AAGUAAACGUCAUAAAACUGUCAAAAUUGUUUUUUGUCAAAAUGGCGUUUAGCUUCCCAGCUUUUUCCUACAUUAUAGCGUUAAUUGUAGACGCAUUUCUAAUAUUUUUCUCGAUAUUCCAUGUCAUAGCAUUUGACGAAUUAAAGACGGAUUAUAAAAAUCCAAUCGAUCAGUGUAACAGCUUGAAUCCCUUGGUUUUGCCGGAGUAUUUGCUGCAUUUAUUUAUUAACAUACUUUUCCUCUUAUCCGGAGAAUGGAUUUCAUUAUUAAUAAACGUGCCACUGAUCCUGUAUCACAUUCACAGGUAUCGUACAAGGCCAGUUAUGUCUGGUCCAGGUCUAUAUGACCCGACGAGUAUAAUGAAUGCAGAUGUAUUAACAGUGUGUCAAAGAGAGGGCUGGAUCAAACUUGCAUUUUAUUUGUUAUCUUUCUUUUUAUAUCUCUAUGGAAUGAUAGUCGUGCUGAUAGCGGUUUGAGAUCAAGAAUAAUUCCUUAAAUAAUUAUUUAUUACUAGAUUCCCUUAAGGAGUAUCAUGUUAUUUGAACAAGCUCUUGUUGGAUAGCUUCAUAGUUCUAAACUAUUUUGAUAAUAAAAUCAAUAAUUUUAGUC